AUGGAUCCAACCAACUACAACAGCUGGACCAAACUCGGCCUCGUCAAGAGGGUCCACCAGCUCGAGGCCGAGCUGCAAAGGCGACCGCCGGCACUAGAACCAGAGCCUGAAGCUCAGCAGCAUGACGGGGUCGAGGCGGCGGCCCCGACACCGGGAACGACGAAGCCCAAGGUUAAGCGCAAGAUGGACCCGACAAAGUACUCGACACGCUUCAUCGCGUUGAAGUUGGCCUAUCUCGGCAAGAACUACGGCGGGUUCGAGUUUCAAGCCAUGUGCAAGCAGCCGACCAUUGAGGAGGAGCUUUGGAACGCGCUGACAAAGGCCUGCCUCAUCUUCCCGGAGGAUGAGAAGAUUGUCGACUUCAACAUCUGCGAGUACUCCAAGUGCGGACGCACUGAUAGAGGUGUGAGCGCGUUUGGGCAAGUUAUUGGCAUUCGCGUGCGGAGCAACAAACCGUUGCCGAGGGAGCCCAGGCAGAGGGUAGAGGAGGAUGAGAUGGGAGGGCAAGCAGAACAGGAGCAAGAGGCAGCGGCCAAGGAGAAGCCGUUUGACCCCAUUGCUGAUGAGAUACCCUAUCCCAUGCUUCUCAACAGGCUAUUGCCUCCCGACAUCAGAAUUCUGGCCUGGUGCCCCUCGCCGCCGCCCGACUUCUCCGCGCGCUUCUCCUGCCGCGAGCGCCAGUACCGCUACUUCUUCACGCAGCCAGCCUUCUCUCCCGAACCCUCUGCCGGUAGCAGCGACGGUGCUCCCCCGUCGGGCUGGCUGGACAUUGACGCGAUGCGCGACGCGGCCAAGCGCUUCGAGGGCGAGCAGGACUUUCGUAACCUCUGCAAGGUCGACCCGGCCAAGCUCAUCACCAACUGGAAGCGCACCAUCUUUGAGUCCGACAUUGUCGAGGUCGAGGAAGGCGCCACCGCGCUGCCGUACAUCACCGCCGCCGGCUUCUCCCCUGCCGACCUUGCAGCCGCCGGCAGCGGCCGCAGCUUCCCCAAGGUGUACUACUUCCACGUGCGCGGCUCCGCGUUCCUGUGGCACCAGAUCCGGCACAUGGUCGCCGUGCUCUUCCUCGUCGGGCAGCGGCUCGAGCGGCCCGAGGUCGUCAGCGAGCUGCUCGACGUGGAAAAGUACCCGGGCAAGCCGGGCUACCCCAUGGCCGACGAGGUUCCGCUGGUCCUGUGGGACUGCGUCUUCCCGGACCUCAUUCCGGCGGCCGAUGCGGGAGAGGUACCGCCAUCGGCGAACAACAAGCACGUCGACAGCAUGCAGUGGAUCCGGGCCGGCGCGGAGACGUCGUCGCGGAUGCGCGCCGGCCAGUUCGGCCCGUUUGGCGCGCUGGACGGCAUGUGGAAGGUCUGGCGCGGACACAAGAUGGACGAGCUGCUGUCGGGUCGGCUACUGCAGCUGAUGGCGGAGCAGGCGGCCGAGAGCGAGGGCGAGGAUGGGACGACCCGGCACGAGGAGAAGCAGCUACCGCCGUCGAACAAGAAGGCGGCGCUGAGCGUGAGGCUGUACGAGGGCGGCAAUACAGGGCGGCCGGCGGGCAAGUACGUGCCGAUGGAGAAGAAGGACAAGCUGGAGUCGCCGGACGAGCUGAACGACAAGUAUGCACGACGCAAGGGGUUUGUGGAUGCGGCGGAUAUGCGGGCUAGGCGAUACGAGGGCAAAGAUGUUGUGAUGCAAGAUGAUGAGUAA